AGCGAUUCCUCAGCCAACAUGUGCUUCCCAUCUUCCCAGGCUUCUGUGCGGAACAUCACGUCCAUCCAGGGCAUUCCAGCCCAGGGCAUCAGAGGCAGCCAGAGCGGCAGGAUUCUGAUCAGAGCUGCUGGAGGGAAAACACAGAAGAUCAAGAGAGAGAAGUCUCCAGACCCUUGUGUGGGAGAAGAGGGGAGAGAGGGACUUCCAGGGCGUUCUCCAGCCCACCCCAAACACAGUCAGCAAGCCCUAGAGAAGGCAACACAGAGAUAGGGGUAGAGCCCAACUCAGCCCAAAGAGUAAAGUCUGUGGAAAGAGGCCAAGGGUUGAAGGAAUUAGAAACCUCAAGAUAUGGAACAGUCAGCUCUAGAGAGGAUGAACCAGACGGUGGCAUGAAGUCGGACUUCAUCACAUACCAGAGGUCCCUCUUACAGGAGAAGCCCUAUGUUUGUAGUGAGUGUGGCCGAGGUUUUCACCAGAAAUCACUUCUUUUUACACACCGGAAGACACACUUAGUGGAGCAGCGUUAUGUGUGCAGUGAGUGUAGCCGAGGAUUUAACCAGAAAUCAGUCUUCCUUAUUCACCAGAGGACACACACGGGGGAGAAGCCAUAUGUGUGCAAGGAGUGUGGGAGAGCGUUUAGCAACAAAUCAAAUCUCAUCGCACACCAGAGGACACACUCAGGUGAAAAACCUUACUUGUGCCUUGAGUGUGGGAGAGGCUUUAACCGUAAAUCACAUCUCAUCAGGCACCAGAGGACACAUUCAGGGGAGAAACCUUACUUGUGCCUGGAGUGUGGGCGGCGCUUUAACUGCAAAUCACAUCUCAUCAUACACCAGAGGACACAUUCAGGGGAGAAGCCUUAUGUGUGCAAGGAAUGUGGUCGAGGGUUUAAACAGAAAUCAGACCUCCUUGUGCACUGCAGGACACACUCGGGGGAGAAGCCACGUGUGUGCAAGGAGUGUGGGCGAGGCUUUGCCAAGACAUCGAAUCUUAUCAGACACCAGAGGACACACUCAGGUGAGAAGCCCUAUGUUUGUAGUGAGUGUGGCCGAGGUUUUCACCAGAAAUCACUUCUUUUUAUGCACCGGAGGACACACUCAGUGGAGCAGCCUUAUGUGUGCAGUGAGUGUGGCCGAGGAUUUACCCAGAAAUCAGUCCUCCUUAUGCAUCAGAGGACACACUCAGGGCAGAAGCCACAUGUGUGCAAGGAGUGUGGGCGAGGGUUUAACAAGAAAUCAAAUCUCAUCAGACACCAGAGUACACAUUCGGGUGAAAAACCUUACUUGUGCCUGGAGUGUGGGCGAGGCUUUAAUCGCAAAUCAAAUCUCAUCACCCACCAGAGGACACACUCAGGUGAGAAACCUUACGUGUGCCUGCAGUGUGGACGAGGCUUUAACCGGGAAUCACACCUCCUUAUACACCAGACUACACACUCAGGGGAGAAGCCUUAUGUGUGCAAGGAGUGUGGCCGAGGGUUUAAACGGAAAUCAGACCUCCUUGUGCACUGGAGGACACACUUAGGGGAGAAGCCACAUGUGUGCAAGGACUGUGGGCGAGGCUUCAGCCGGAAGUCGAAUCUCAUCACACACCAGAGGACACACUCAGGUGAGAAACGUUACGUGAACCUGGAGUGUGGGCAGGGCUUUAGCCAGAAGUCGAGCCUCCUUCCCCACCAGGCAACACACUCAGAGGAGAAGCCAUAUGUGUGCAAGGAGUGUGGGCGUGGCUUUAGCCAUAAGUCAACUCUCAUCACGCACCAAAGAACACACUCAGGGGAGAAGCCAUAUGUGUGCAAGGAGUGUGGGCGAGGGUUUAGCAACAAUUCAAAUCUCAUCAGACACCAGAGGACACACUCAGGUGAGAAACCUUACGUGUGCCGGGAGUGUGGGCGAGGCUUUAACCGCAAAUCGAAUCUCAUCACACACCAGAGGACACACUCAAAUGAGAAGCUUUACAUGUGCCUGGAGUGUGGCUGUGGCUUUAACCGGGAAUCACGACUCCUUAUACACCAGAUGACACACUCCGGGGAGAAGCCGUAUGUGUGCAAGGAGUGUGGCCGAGGGUUUAAACGGAAAUCAGACCUCCUUAUGCACUGGAGGACACACUCGGGGGAGAAGCCACAUGUGUGCAAGGAGUGUGGUCGAGGUUUCAACCAGAAGUCAAAUCUCAUCACCCACCAGAGGACACACUCAGGUGAGAAGCCUUAUGUGUGCCUGGAGUGUGGGCGGGGCUUUAACUGCAAGUCAAAUCUCAUCACACACCAGAGGACACACUCAGGAGAGAAACCUUACAUGUGCCUGGAGUGUGGGCGGGGCUUUAGCCAGAAGUCAAGCCUCCUUCCCCACCAGGCAACACAUUCAGAGGAGAAGCCGUAUGUGUGCAAGGAGUGUGGGCGUGGCUUUAGCCACAAGUCAACUCUCAUCACGCACCAAAGAACACACUCAGGGGAGAAGCCAUAUGUGUGCAAGGAGUGUGGGCGAGGGUUUAGCAAUAAUUCAAAUCUCAUCAGACACCAGACGACACACUCAGGUGAAAAACCUUACACGUGCCUGGAGUGCGGACGAGGCUUUAACCGCAAAUCAAACCUCAUCACCCACCAGAGGACACACUCAGGGGAGAAACCUUACAUGUGCCUACAGUGCGGUCGAGGCUUUAACCGCAAGUCAAAUCUCAUCACACACCAGAGGACACACUCAGGGGAGAAACCUUAUGUGUGCCUGGGGUGUGGGCGAGGCUUUAGCCAGAAGUCAGGUCUCCUUUUCCACCAGAGGACACACUUGGGGUAGAAGCCACAUGUAGUGUGGCCAAGGCUUUAGCCAGAAGUUAGGCCUCAUCACACAUCGGAAGACACACUCAGAUAAGAAGCCUUAUGUUUGCAGUAAUUGUGGCUGAGGCUUUAACUGGGAAUCCAGCUUCCUUAUACACUGCGGGACACACUCCAGGGAGAAGCUACAUAU